AUGCCCCUCGCAAAGGAAGACCUCGCAAGAUUCAAUUUGACUGUUACGGCGGCUGACAACAGGGUGCUGCAGUUUGACUGUUACGGCACCCUCAUUGAUUGGGAAACGGGCAUGAAGGACGCACUGAAACCGCUGAGCGACCAGCCCGGCGCGCCGGACCCGGACACCAUCCUCGCCACUGUUGGCAAGCAUGCGCAGCACAUUGAAGGCGACCAGCCGCGCACACUUUACCCGGACGUUCUGGAGCACGCGUACGAACAGGCAGCGGACGAGCUCGGUCUGAAGUGGACGCAGCGUGACGCCGAACUGUUCGGGUACAGCUGCCCACGCUGGCCCGAGUUCCCCGACAGUGCCGACGCGCUGAAGAAGCUGCACGAGCUCGGCUUCAAGCUGACAGUGCUGAGCAACGUGGACAACCGCAGUUUCGAGGGGACGCGGCGCGUGCUCGAGCGCGGCUUCAACUUUGACGCAGUCUACACAGCGGCCGAUAUUGGGAGCUACAAGCCCAGCGCGCAGAACUUUGAAUACGCCAUGAGCAAGGACUUUGAUCAAUUCGGGACCGAGCCGAGGGAGAUUCUCAUUGUCGCCAAUAGCAAGCUGCACGAUCUCGAACCCGGUCGCAAACUCGGCUUCAAGGGCGCCUGGAUUGAUCGCAAGGGCGCGCACCUCGGCGUCACGGGUCAGGAGGACUUUGAGCCCGACUGGACAUUCAGCUCCAUGGCCGACUUUGCCGAUACUGUCUCGUCUGUGCUGGGCGGCAAGUCGAUCCACGCGUCCAAAUCAGACGAGGCGAACCAGGUGCUUACCAACGACGAGGAGGCGUGCAAGCCGCACUUCCCGUUGAGCACGGCUUGCUGA